AUUCAUUCACUACUUUGUUCUGUGGGUGGACCACCUUCUUCAUCUUUUUCAUGAUGGAAGCCGUCCCCAAUUACGGGAGCCCUUUGACCUACGCCUUGCCCGCCCUGACAUGCAUCUUCUCUGUCCUCAGAGACAGCCCAACUGGUCACAAAAGUUAUCAAGGCUACCAAAUCAUGCGAAUUUCCAACAUUUCAUCGAAUGUGAUGGGUUUUAAAAUUUUGGAGGAGUUGUACAACUCCGACGUGCUGUUUGACUUUAUGACGAGACCCAGCAUGAAGGAACCCACGGAUGUGAUGCUCUGUCCAGAACAGGUGCAAAAUGUUAAAAAGAUCUUUGCCCAGUUUCACAUCCCGUAUGAAAUUAUGGUUCCAGAUGUCGAAACAGAACUCAACGCCGAGCUGAAGGCAAACAAUUUAAUCUUGAGGAAAAGUGAGGGCAUGAAUUGGAACGCGUACCAACGACUUUCAACCAUUCACGGCUGGAUGGAUUCCAUGGCUGAAAAGUAUCCAGCUCUCGUGUCCGUUGAAACGUACGGACUCAGCACGGAAGGUCGACCCAUGAAAUUGAUGAAGAUUACGACUGGAGGAACUCGAACUAAACCGGCGGUCUGGUUGGAUGGUGGAAUUCAUGCUCGAGAAUGGAUUUCCCCCGCAACUGUUACAUACAUUGCGAACGAGCUAAUACAACAAGCCAUCCGUGGGGGGCCAGAGUACCGACUCGUCAACGCUGUAGAUUGGUUCAUUGUACCAAACAUUAACCCCGACGGGUACGAGUACUCGCAUACGAAUGACAGAUUAUGGCGAAAAACACGAUCUAACGAUGGGAGUUUUAUGGCCAAUGUUUUUGGAUGUCUAGGAACAGACCCAAAUCGCAAUUGGGAAUAUAAAUGGGGUGGGAAAGGAACCUCCAAGAAUCCCUGCAGUUCGCAGUAUCACGGACCAAAAGCUGCCUCCGAACCGGAAAUCUCGCUCAGUCAGGCGUACAUUCUCGAGAGGAAAGACCAGCUCAAACUUGUCCUAACUUUUCACAGCUACUCUCAAAUGAUUUUCACCCCGUGGGGCUACGACUAUGUCCCUUUGGAGGACAAGGAAGAGCUCGAGAACGUGGGGAGGCAGGCGGCAAAGGCGUUGGAAGCCGUGCACGGGACCAAGUAUCAAGUUGGAGCUUCUCCUGAUCUCCUUUAUCCUGCUGCUGGCGGCACUGAAGACUUUGCGAAGGGCGUGGCCGGGAUAAAAUUUGCGUACUGCUACGAAUUGAGAGACACUGGAAAGCAUGGCUUCAAUCUGCCACCAGAUCAGAUAAUUCCCACGGGAGAGGAAACUUUCGCCUCGGUGAAAGCGAUAGUCGAAGGGGUCAUGUCGUAUCAUCAGGUUGAUGGGUUUUAAAUAAGAGAAAUGGAAAUAAAAAGGAGUUUGUGCGAUUUAGUUUUUUACAA